UGCGCAUGCGCGUACUGUGCUCGAGGAAACGAUACCUAACUUGCAUCACAGAGGAUCAGCGGAAGUCUGUGUACGUGCUCAGUGGUCCCGAGUAUGAGAUUUUAAAAGGUGUUUAGUGUGUUAUUGCAAUGCGACCAGAAUCUCGGUCCUCAGAUCUGCAGUGUGUUCUGUGUGAAAUCACAGAUGAGACGGAAAUCACAGGUCCCCUGUCAUGUAAAGAGGGCAUUGCUGCCCACCAGAACUGUUUGCUAUAUGCAUCUGGAAUCUACUGUAAAAACUCUCCCACCUUUGAUGACCUGUUUGGCUUUGAUGUGGAUGAUGUGAAAGAUGAGUACAAACGAGGAAGAAAACUAACAUGUGCCUACUGUAAACGCAAAGGAGCUACAGCUGGUUGUGAGGUUAAAUCCUGUAAGCGCUCCUACCAUUACCCGUGUGCCCAGAAAGCUCGUGCAUUACCCGAGGAGGACCAAAGCAACGGCACCUUCACGUUAUAUUGUGAAAAGCAUAAUCCACAUGCCAGCAGUGGUGAUUCAGAAAAAGGAAGUGCUAAAGUAUGUCCUUCUAGUUCUGGCCGUAAAAGCUUAGAGACAGGUGAACAGGACAGCAGUCGUGGGGGAUCUGAGCAAAGCUGUACCCCCCUGUCAUCUCAUCCCAAGCCCAGCUGCUCUAUUGUGUCCUCCUCAGCCAAGCUGCAAAGCCCUUCCUUCGUCCUGCUUUUCCCGCUGAGUGACUCGGAAACACCUCCGAGACGGUCCCAGAGUAGGAAAAGGAAAUUUCCGGAAGCAUCUUUUGACUCGGAUGAAACUCAGAGCAUCAUUGAUCCAAUGUUUGCACCAGUAGAAUCAGAGCAUGAGGAUAGCAUACCUCCAGUGCAGAAUACGCAGCCACCACUUGACUCUGAAGAUAGAAGCAGGGACAAUAAGGAGCCUAGAAAAGGAAUUAAUUAUGCUCUUAGUGGUGAUGAUGAAGUGUGUAACGAUUCGGAUUUUGAGUCCCAGAGUCUGUUAAAAACAGAAUACCACCACGAUAAUGUGCUAUUCACUGUUAUUGCGGAUUCAGGACCUUCCAUUGAAUCAGUUGCAGACAACAACUCUGAUCCCUGUUCCCCUGCUGAACCAAGCCCAGCAGACACUCCUUUGAUUAAAUUUGAUCAGUCUGUCUCUGCCCAAGAGCAGACAGCAGACCUUCACUCCAACAUCACCAUUCCAGAAAACUCACCUGUGCGUGCCCGCCUGUCUUUCGACUUCCCUCAAUCCGGCGGCGCCACUGAUAAAUCCUCCAGUGUCCAAGAAGUUUUGUGUGGAGACCUUCCUAUCAAAGUCAAGGGUUGUAAAUCUCAGGAGAUACCACCUUUAAUGACAAAUGAGCUAAAAGGAUCUCAUGUAAAGUGCCCUCAUGAUCAUCCACUAGACCUUACAGCACCAGGAGGGUGCUGCAUGGCACAUGUUGAGUUCUGUGAACCUGUAGGCCACGUGGGUGUGUCGGACUCGGGUGCUGCCCUCUUCUGGAGGAGAUGUAAUGAGGUGGGCUGCACGGAGGACAUAUUCACAGAGCUCACACGUCAGCUCACCUGCUUGGCUGAGAGGGUGCAGAAUCGGCAUGCCACACAACAGGACUACGCGGUGUCUCUCAAGAUACUGGAGGCAUCAGGGAAGCUUCCUGCGAUAUUCAGACAAGUGGAGCAAGACUUGGAAAAUCAAGAAAGAGAGCUGCAGAGAAAGAGGGAGGCAUUAAGGGACGUCAAGGCAGUGCUUGAUGAGAAUAAACUUAUCUGAUGUCAAAUAAUAAUGAUUUUUAUCAUCACUUUAUUGGUUAAUUUCUAUCUUCAUUGUAGUUUUAUAUUUUUAUAUGUUUUAUAUCAAGCUUGAAUCCCUACUUUGCAUAUAUUCCUGUAUAUGUGAUCAACAUGUUUAAAUAUACAUUACAGCUCUGGGAA